GUUCAAAAGAUGAAAAUUUUGGUAUAUGUUUACAAUAUGGUAUUUCAGAAGGUACUGUUUAUUUAUAUUGUAAGAGAGUUAUGCUUGCUAUUUUUUCAUUGAAGCAUGAAUUAGUUAUAUGGCCAACAGGGGAAUUAAGAAAAAUGGUUCAUUUAAGAUUUAAUAAUAUUGGAGGAUUUAAUAAUGUUAUUGAUGCUAUAGAUGAUACUCAUAUAAUAUUGGGAAUUGCUUCAUUAAAGCAACCUAAAAUAUAUUGGAAUCGUAAAAAAAAAUACUCAAUUCAAUGUCAAGCUAUUGUUGAUUAUUGUGAUGUUUUUAUUGAUUAUGAGAUAGGAUGGCCAGAAUCAGUUUAUAAUGCAAAGUUAUAUCGAAAUUCUUUUUUUUAUCAAGAUAUUUCCACACUUAUAAAUGGAUGA